AUGGCAUCUAAUUCCAAUUCCUCCCCUACAAUGUUGACGAAGUUUGAGUCAAAAUCAUCCAGAGCAAAGGGCAUUGCUUUCCAUCCUAAACGGCCAUGGAUCUUAGUUUCUUUACAUUCUUCGACUAUUCAGCUAUGGGAUUACCGUAUGGGAACAUUGAUUGAUCGAUUCGAGGAGCAUGAUGGUCCAGUUCGAGGAAUUGACUUCCACAAAACACAACCCCUCUUUGUCUCUGGUGGAGAUGAUUACAAGAUCAAGGUCUGGUCAUUGCAGACAAGGAGAUGUCUUUUUACCUUGAAUGGACAUUUGGAUUAUGUUCGCACAGUUUUCUUUCAUCACGAGCUCCCUUGGAUCAUUUCCAGUUCGGAUGAUCAAACUAUUAGAAUAUGGAACUGGCAAAAUCGCUCUUUAAUUUGCACAAUGACUGGUCACAAUCAUUAUACAAUGUGCGCUCAAUUCCAUCCAAAAGACGAUUUGGUAGUGUCUGCAUCCCUUGAUCAGUCGGUUCGAGUUUGGGAUAUUUCAGGCUUGCGAAAGAAGCAUUCGGCGCCAACAUCCAUGACUUUCGAGGAUCAGAUGUCGAGAGGGAACCAGGCUCAAGCGGAUAUGUUUGGAAAUACCGAUGCUGUAGUCAAAUUUGUGCUUGAAGGUCAUGACCGAGGUGUCAAUUGGGUAGCUUUCCAUCCAACGUUACCCCUGAUCGUUUCUGCGGGUGAUGAUCGACUCGUGAAAUUAUGGCGAAUGAGCGAAACUAAAGCUUGGGAGGUCGAUACCUGUCGGGGACAUUUCCAAAAUGCGUCAGGAUGCUUAUUUCACCCUCAUCAAGACCUGAUCUUGUCAGUUGGCGAAGACAAAACCAUCCGAGUUUGGGAUCUCAACAAGCGUACAUCAGUGCAAUCAUUCAAGCGAGAGAAUGAUAGGUUUUGGGUCAUUGCUGCUCAUCCUGAGAUAAAUCUUUUUGCCGCUGGUCACGAUAAUGGUGUCAUGGUAUUUAAGCUUGAGCGAGAACGCCCAGCUUCUGCCUUUUAUCAAAACAAUCUCUUUUAUAUCACCAAGGAUAAACAUGUCAAAUCUUAUGAUUUUCAGAAGAACCUCGAGAGCCCAACACUAUUAACAUUGAAGAAACUCGGUAGCCCUUGGGUUCCACCUAGAUCACUCUCCUACAAUCCAGCUGAACGAGCUGUCUUGGUUACUUCUCCUGCAGAUGGUGGUUCAUACGAGCUCAUCAAUCUUCCUCGGGAUGGAGCUAGUUCAAUGGACUCAAAUGACACGAAGCGAGGUCAAGGUACUUCUGCAGUUUUUGUAGCACGAAACAGAUUCGCUGUGUUCAAUGCUACAACUCAGCAAAUUGAUAUCAAAGAUCUUUCCAACUCUACUACCAAGACCAUUAAGCCUCCAAAUGGAACCAUCGAUAUCUACUUUGGUGGAACUGGUAACCUUUUGUUGAUCACCCCCACUGCUGUUCAUUUAUAUGAUAUCCAACAAAAGAAAGCUACUGCCGAACUUGCUGUAUCCGGUGUCAAGUAUGUCGUUUGGUCCAACGAUGGUUUGUACGCGGCUCUUUUGAGCAAACAUAACGUCACGAUUGUUACGAAAUCUUUAGAACAAGUUAGCUCCCUUCACGAAACCAUCCGUAUUAAAAGUGCUACUUGGGAUGAUGCAGGCGUCCUUCUUUACUCGACUUUGAACCACAUCAAAUACACCUUAUUGAACGGAGAUAAUGGUAUCGUUCGCACGCUUGAUCAGACAGUCUACCUUGUCAGGGUUAAAGCACGUACUAUGUACUGCUUGGACCGAAGUGCCAAACCAAAGAUUUUGAAUAUCGACCCUACAGAGUAUCGUUUCAAGCUUGCCCUUGUGAAGCGAAAUUAUGAGGAGAUGUUGCAAAUCAUUAAGAACUCCAGUCUUGUUGGUCAAAGUAUUAUCUCUUAUUUGCAAAAGAAGGGUUAUCCAGAAAUCGCUUUGCAAUUCGUUCAAGAUCCACAAACUCGAUUUGAAUUAGCAAUCGAGUGUGGUAACUUGGAAGUCGCCGUGGAGAUGGCCAAGCAAUUAGAUCGACCAAAGUUGUGGUCGAGAUUAACUGCGGAAGCCCUUGCUCAUGGUAAUCACCAAAUCGUUGAGAUGACAUACCAGAAGUUACGACAAUUUGACAAAUUAUCGUUCCUGUAUCUUGCCACUGGAGACGAGGCAAAGUUAACAAGAAUGGCCAAAAUUGCAGAACAUCGUGGUGACUUCACCGCCCGCUUCCAAAACGCAUUAUAUCUCGGAGAUGUUCAAGACAGGAUACAAAUGUUCAAGGAAAUUGAUCUUUACCCACUUGCUUACAUGACCGCAAAGUCACAUGGACUUGCAGAGGAAUGCGAGUCCAUUCUUGAGGCUUCAGGUCUUACCGAAGAACAAAUCACUUUACCAUCCCUCGGAUCUCCACUUACUCCUCCUAAACCUGUCAUCCCUACAUUCAAGGCAAACUGGCCAACAAAGGCAACUUCGCAAUCAUUCUUUGAGAAGGCUCUGCUUGGUCAAGUCGAAGGUCUUUCUCUAGAAGAUGAACCUUCUGCUGCUGCAAAUGGGUUCGGGUUUGAUGAAGCUGGAGACGAUGAAACUAAGACUGGCGCUCUUAUUGAGGCUGACGAUGACGAAGAUGCUGCCGGAUGGGACAUGGGUGAUGAUAUCGUUCCAGAAGUUGAGAGUGACUUCGUCAAUGUUGAUAGUGCAGAAGCUGGCGCGGGUAGUAGUGAGGCUGAUUUAUGGGCUCGCAAUUCCCCUAUCGCUGCUGACCACGUGGCUGGUGGUUCCUUCGAAACUGCUAUGCAAUUACUUAACCGUCAACUCGGCGCUGUCAACUUUGAACCUUUGAAACCUCGAUUCUUGGAGAUUUACCAAGCAUCAAAAACAUACCUCCCAGCAUCAGCAAGCCUUCCACCUUUAGUCAAUUAUGUUCGACGAACAGUUGACGAGACAGAUCCUCGUAAAGUUCUUCCUGUUAUUCCACGAGAUAUCGAAUCAUUAGCAACCGUCGACCUACAGAAAGGAUAUGAUGCCAUGCGACAAAACAAGCUUGAAGAUGGCGCUACAAUAUUCAAGGGCAUCCUUCAUGCUCUACUUGUCAACGCGGUCUCAACUGCAUCGGAAGUAUCCGAGGCAAAGAAACUUAUCACUACAGCAUCAGAAUACAGUAUAGCAAUGGCCAUUGAAAUUUCAAGGCGGAAGAUUGGAACUGCUGAUGAAAUAUCAAAAUCUCCAGAGAAACUGAAGCGCAGUUUGGAAUUGUCAGCUUAUUUCACUAUUCCUAAGUUGGAGGUUGUUCAUAGACAAUUGGCUUUAACAAGUGCGAUGAAGUUGGCCUACUCUAGCAAGAACUAUAAUUCCGCAUUAAGUUUUGCAAACAGAAUGUUGGCAAACGGCGGAAGUGCUAAGGUUCUUGAUAAUGCUCGUAAGAUUAAAGCUGCAUGUGAGCGCAACCCUAAUGAUACCCACGAAAUUGAAUUCGAUCAAUUUGCCGAAUUUGAUGUUUGUGCUGCCUCACAUACACCUAUUUACUCUGGCUCUCCAUUCGAGGUCUGUGCAUUCGAUGGUAGCAAAUAUCAAGCUAAAUACAAGGGAACUGUCUGUGCAGUAUGUGGUGUCUGUGAAGUUGGUAAGAACGGGAGUGGGUUGAAACUUGUUGCAUAG